UCCCGCCCGGCGCCUUCCUCCGCGGAGCUGCCACCAGAGCGCGGCCCCGCCGAGCGCGCGGGCAAGGGGCGCGGAGCCACCGAGGGCGCGGCCGCGCUGCCCUCACACCGCCCGGCACUGCUGGCCAUUCCCGACCGCGGCCUCAUCUCAGCCCGCGUGGACCGCAAAGGCCCGUUCUGUCCCUGCUGAGUCCCCGCUUGUCCCCGCUCUCCCUGCUCCGUCCCCGCUCUGUCCCCGCUCUGUCCAGAUCUGUCCCCGCUCUGUGCCCGCUCCGUCCCGCUCUAUCCCCGCCGCCCACCGCCGGCGAUGCAGCCCGGCGCCGCCUGGGCUCUGCUCUUGGCCGCGGCCCUGGGACUCGGGGCGCGCGGAGUGCGAGGCGCGGUGGCCCUGGGCGACUUCUACCCGUUCGGCGCGGAGCGCGGCGACGCCGUCACUCUCAAGCAAGACGACGGCGGCUCGGGGCUGCAGCCACUCUCCGUGCCCUUCCCGUUCUUCGGCACCGAGCACUCCGGACUCUACGUGAACAACAACGGGAUCAUCUCCUUCCUGAAGGAGGUUUCUCAGUUCACCCCGGUGGCCUUCCCCAUUGCCAAGGACCGCUGCGUGGUGGCGGCCUUCUGGGCAGACGUGGACAACCGGCGCGCAGGGGACGUGUACUACAGGGAGACCACCGACCCCGCCACGCUGCACAGAGCCACAGAGGACAUCAGACGUUACUUUCCCGAGCUCCCAGACUUCACCGCCACCUGGGUUUUCAUCGCCACCUGGUACCGUGUGACCUUCUUUGGAGGCAGCUCCUCCUCCCCCGUCAACACGUUCCAGACCGUGCUUGUCACUGAUGGCAAGUUUUCUUUCACCAUCUUCAACUACGAGUCCAUCACGUGGACCACUGGCACACAUGCCAGCAGCGGGGGCGACGCCACUGGCCUGGGGGGCAUCGCGGCCCAGGCUGGCUUCAACGCCGGGGAUGGGCGGCGCUACUUCAGCAUCCCCGGCUCACGCACAGCGGACAUGGCAGAGGUGGAGACCACCACCAACGUGGGAGCGCCCGGGCGCUGGGCGUUCAGAAUCGAUGAUGCCCAGGUGCGCGUGGGGGGCUGCGCCCAUACAACCUCCGUGUGCCUGGCCCUGCGCCCGUGCCUCAAUGGUGGCAAGUGCAUCGACGACUGCGUCACAGGCAACCCCUCCUACACCUGCUCCUGCCUCUCAGGCUUCACGGGGAGGAGGUGCCACCUGUAUGUGAACGAGUGUGCAUCUCACCCGUGUCAGAACGGCGGGGCCUGCACACAUGGCGUCAACAGCUUCAGCUGCCAGUGCCCGGACGGCUUCGGGGGACCCACCUGUGAGACAGCACUAUCUCCAUGUGACACCAAAGAGUGUGCGAAUGGCGGCCAGUGCCAGGCAGAAAGCGGCUCCGCGGUGUGCGUGUGCCAGGCCGGCUACACCGGCAUCGCUUGCGAGACGGACUUGAACGAAUGCGGCUCCGACCCAUGUCUUAACGGAGGCUCGUGUGUGGACCUCGUGGGGAACUUCACCUGCCUGUGCGCAGAGCCCUUCGAGGGACCGCGCUGCGAGACAGGAAGCCACCCAGUGCCCGACGCCUGUCUGUCGGCCCCUUGCCAGAACGGGGGAACCUGUGUGGACGCAGAUCAGGGCUACGUGUGCGAGUGCCCAGAAGGCUUCAUGGGCCUGGACUGCAGGGAGAGAACCCCCAAGGACGACUGUGAGUGUCACAACGGUGGCAGAUGCCUGGGAGCCAACACCACCCUCUGCCAGUGCCCCCCGGGCUUCUUUGGGUUCCUCUGCGAAUUCGAAGUCACGGCCACGCCCUGCAACGUGAACACGCAGUGCCCCGACGGGGGCUACUGCAUGGAGUACGGCGGGAGCUACCUGUGCGUCUGCCACACCCACCACAACGUCAGUCACCCACUGCCGUCACCCUGCGACUCCGACCCCUGCUUCAACGGAGGCUCCUGUGAUGCCCACGACGACUCCUACACGUGCGAGUGUCCCCGCGGGUUCCAUGGCAGGCACUGCGAGAAAGCCCGGCCACGCCUGUGCAGCUCGGGGCCCUGCCGGAAUGGAGGCACGUGCAAGGAGGCGGGCGGCGAGUACCACUGCAGCUGCCCUUACCGCUUCACCGGGAGGCACUGUGAGAUCGGGAAGCCAGAUUCGUGUGCCUCGGGCCCCUGUCACAACGGAGGCACCUGCUUUCACUACAUCGGCAAAUACAAGUGUGACUGUCCCCCAGGCUUCUCUGGGAGGCACUGUGAGAUAGCCCCCUCCCCCUGCUUCCGGAGCCCCUGUGUGAAUGGGGGUACCUGCAAGGACCUGGGCACAGAUUUCUCCUGCCACUGCCAAGCAGGGUACACGGGACGCCGGUGCCAGGCGGAGGUAGACUGCGGCCCCCCCGAGGAGGUGAAGCAUGCCACGCUGCGCUUCAAUGGCACUCGGUGGGGCUCGGUGGCCCUGUACUUGUGUGACCGAGGCUACAGCCUGAGUGUCCCCAACUCCGUCCGGGUCUGCCAGCCACAUGGUGUCUGGAGCGAGCCUCCCCAGUGCCACGAAAUUGAUGAGUGCCGAUCCCAGCCGUGCCUGCAUGGGGGCUCCUGCCAGGACCAAGUCGCCGGCUACCAGUGCAUCUGCAGCCCAGGGCAUGAAGGAGCCCACUGUGAGCUGGAGACAGACGAGUGCCAGGCACAGCCCUGCAGAAAUGGAGGCUCUUGCAGGAACCUCCCAGGGGCCUUUGUCUGCCAGUGUCCCGCAGGAUAUGCUGGAGUCCACUGCGAGACAGAGGUGGACGCCUGCCACUCCAGCCCCUGCCAGCAUGGAGGCCGGUGCGAGAACGGCGGCGGGGCCUACCUGUGCGUCUGCCCAGAGGGCUUCUUCGGCUACCACUGUGAGACAGUGAGUGACCCCUGCUUCUCUAGCCCCUGUGGGGGCCGCGGUUACUGCCUGGCCAGCAAUGGGUCCCACAGCUGCACCUGCAAAGUGGGCUACACUGGCAAGGACUGCGCCAAAGAGCUCUUCCCACCAACGGCCCUCAAGGUGGAGCGAGUGGAGGAGAGCGGGGUGUCCAUCUCCUGGCGCCCACCCGAAGGCCAGGCUGCCAGGCAGGUGCUGGACGGCUACGCGGUCACCUACGCGUCCUCGGACGGCUCGGCCCGCCGCACGGACUUCGUCGAGCGCAGCCGCUCCUCGCACCAGCUCCGGGCCCUGGCGGCUGGAAGGGCCUACAACAUCUCUGUCUUCUCUGUCAAGCGUAAUGCCAACAACCAGAAUGACAUCAGCAGGCCGGUGGCACUGCUCGCCCGCACGCGACCCCGCCCUAUCGAGGGCCUGGAGGUCGUCAACGUGACGGCCACCGCCAUCUCCGUGCGGUGGGCUCUGCACCGGGUCCGUCAUGCCACUGUCAGCAGUGUCCGCGUGUCCAUCCGCCACCCCGAGGCCCAGGGGGACCAGUCCACCGACGUGGAUAGGAGUGUGGACAAGUUCGUGUUCGGGGCACUGCUGCCAGGAAGGAGGUACACCAUCUGGGUGACCGCCCUCAGUGGGCUCGGGGGACAGGGACGCCCCACCGAGAGCCUGGCCUCGGCGCCGCAACACGUGUGGACCCGGCCUCUGCCGCCAGCAAACCUGACCGCCACCCGCGUCACGGCCACCUCCGCCCACGUGGUCUGGGAUGCCCCCACUCCAGGCACCUUGCUGGAAGCAUAUGUCAUCAACGUGACCACCAGCCAGAGCACCAAGAGUCGCUACGUCCCCAACGGGAGGCUGGUGUCCUACACGGUGCGGGACCUGGUGCCCGGGCGGCGGUACCAGCUCUCGGUGACGGCCGUACAGAGCACCGCAGGCGACCAGCUGCACAGCGAGCCCGCUCACCUGUACAUCAUCACCUCCCCAAGAGACGGUGCAGACAGACGCUGGCACCGGGAAGGACUCCACCCACGGGUGCUCAGAAACAGACCGCCCCCAGCACGCCUGCCGGAGCUGCGUCUGCUCAACGACCGCGGGGCCCCCGAAACGCCAACCCAGGCCCCCAGCAGGUUCUCGGAGCUUGUGGAUGGCAGAGGACGAACGAGUGCCAAGUUUGGUGGCUCACCCAGCAAAUCGGUCACUGUGACAUCACAACCCACGGCUGUGCUGCCACGCGAGCACACAGGAGAUGCCCCCGAGCAGGUCGGCCUGGCCCUCCAGCUCCCCGAACGCGGCGGCGGUGACAAGGCUGUGGAAAACGCCCCUGGGAACUGUUCGGAAAACCCCUGUCAGAACGGAGGCACCUGCGUGCCAGGCGUGGACGCCCACACCUGUGACUGCAGCCCGGGGUUCAAAGGCAGACGCUGUGAGCUCGCUUGUAAGAAAGUGCCCCAGCCCUGCACACGGCUGUUCUCGGAGACAAAGUCCUUGCCGGUCUGGGAAGGAGGCGUCUGUCACCACGUGUAUAAACGAGUCUACAAACUGCACCAAGACAUCUGCUUCAGAGAGAGCUGUGAGAGCACCAGUAUCAAGAAAACCCUGCACAGGAAACAAAGUGACAGUCCAACACUGAAAACAUCUUAAGGUACGUUCCCCAGUGACAGCGGCCCUUCUGCCAGCACCGCCAGGGAAAACUCCGUGUGUGCCCUUAUUACAGACUCCCAGGCAGGGUUCCGAAUGCCCCGACGGGGUAAGACGGGUGAGAACAGACAGUGAGGCGUCCCAAUGGAUGCAAGCCUUCAGGUGGAGACGAGGCUGUCUGGGGGUGAGGACGAACCCCACUCCAUCAGAGCUCGGGGACCGAAGGAAGUGCUUCCCAGACCCUGUGAAUGGCCACCUACUGGAAGGAAAAAUGGGGAGCCGUGAUCUCCUAACUUUCGGGAAGUCCUGAAGACGCCCUCUCAUUGGGAGAUUCCCAAUGGACACAGGAACCCUAAGCCUCAGAAACCCUGAAAUGAAAGAAACUUUCUGACUUGAUCUGGUUUAAACCAGCCUUUCUCAAACCCUUUUGGCAACUCAACUGCAUGUGACCCCACCUCCCCACACGUAAACUCUGCUGAAAUCUUCACAAUAGUUCGGAAGAUAGUGGGUUAAAACCAGCCUGUAAGGAGCGUCACACUGACCACAGGUUCUUAUCAACACGUCUCUGGGAAUGAAAGAAUUCUGGGCAGCCUAGGACAGCUCACGACUCCCGUUCAUAAAUGAGCCGAACCGUCCAUCUUCCUGUGAGCAGGACAGGAGGGAGGCAGCUUCAAACAGGCCACGGUUAUUAUACAGCUGAGGAAUGGUAUUCAGAGACCUUGACAACCAACCAGAAGCAGGAGGGCUUUGCGGCUGCAGGCUGACUCUAAAGGGGGACCCCUCCCACCGACCAGGCGGACAUCUGUGGGGCGGGAAGCGCCAUGUGGCCUCCCCUUGCGCAGUCGUACCACCAGGUGUGAAGCCCACUCAAAGGCAUCACGCCCCCUCAAGCCCCCGACACACGCAUCCAAUACACACAUUCCAAAACUUACAAGCAUCUCACACUGGGGAAGAAGCCACAGAUAUAUCUGGGUUUGAAAUAUGUAUAUUGCAAUAAGUUACCUGAAAGAGUAUUUUUUAAGUCACUCAGCAAAUCCAUUUCUAUAAAAACAAAUCAGAAACCUUCAACUAAUUGUCAAAUAUCAGCUUUUAGAAUACCCACUCUUGAAACAACGGAGAAAACAAAAUAGGCAGAACAGAAACCCACAUACCCAGACACACACCUAAGAACACCAAGCAAGAGUUCAUUCCAAUCCACGUGACCAGAGUGACCUGGACGGCCCAUGUCUUCCGAGGAAGGAUCCAAGGGCUGCACCACGUGGGGGGAGGGGGGCUCCCUCCCUCUGGGGGACGUGGUCAGUCCUCCACAAACCCGUCCCUACCCACUGCCUCGUUAAAGGGAGUGGACCUCACAGUUCUGACGCCUGGGGCAGCGACCCUGACACUAAGACAAACAGGAAGGCGCAGUUUCAUUCUCCUCAUGCCCCAUUUUGUUUUCUUCAAAGGAUUCGGGACGUUCUUGGGACACUCCACCAACCUCCCAAGUUUCUAGAACCCAGAAAGACGAGGUCUAAAAUCGCAUUGAAAAGGACACCUUGGGGGACAAGGUCCUGGCUGGAGCCCGUCCCCUCUGCGGCUUCUCCUCUGGCCUCUAGCAGACAGACAGGCCAGGCCAUGGCCAGGGACACCCUCUGCGGCCACCAUCUCUGCACCUUGCGCUGCACCUCCCAGCCCACUGCUGUAACCCAGGCCGUGUAUCCCCAAGGGGCAGCCUGUGCUGUGGUCAAUGAGCCAGUGCUGCGUGCGCGUCAGCCCUGGGCGAGCGAGGCCGACUGCCAGGAGCUUCUGCAACGUCCAGAAACCAGUUCUAGAUCCCAAAGUCAGAAAGAGGACCCCCGCCCCCAGACCUUAAACCCAGUGGAGGAGGA